GCCAUAUGCUGAAACCAGAUUGGAUGAAAAGGUUCUGGAAUCGCUUGUUUCACGGUUCAGAAAAAUAUAUGCGGGUGGGACAGUCUAUUUAAGGCAAAUGGAUGAUCUUUUCGUCCUACCGUCCUUAUUGUCUAAACUGAGGCCCAAUGAAGUUGUGUUUCAAGAUGUACCGAGAGAUCUAGCAGAGCUCAACAAAACACUGCAGGUUACCAAUCAGCUCGGCAUCUGUACAGAGUUUGACAUAACUAUGCUGCAAAAACAAUUUCAAGCAAUUACAGGCCAGGUUUUGCAUCCAGUAGAUUACUUAGCUGUGAUAAUCAACAGAGAUGUGCUCGAAGACCCGGGCAGCCUUCAUCCGUUUUCUCUCCAGAGUUCUGCCAGACGACUGACAAUGAAGUACUUCCUCUACAGCGAUGACGUCAACCGCGUGGCCGAGGUCCUGAACAGGACGGUUCCUCCGAACCGCGCCGAGGACAGCACCGAAUUAACCGUCUUCUUUCCGAUAAGUGAUAACAUAGGACGUCUGCUCCAGUUGCUGACCGUCGGGCCUUUGAGGUCAAUAACUUUUGUGCCAGAGACGAAUUUUGACAUGAGCCAAUGGGAGGACCUGAAGAAACUCGGCGCAACAAAGCGACUCGGACAAUUAAAGAUUCAUUAACUAAAAUUUUGUUUUCAGACUGAAAAAAAAAUCACAGGAAUACAAUUUUUUUCAGACUUAAUAAAAUUCACAAGACAAAUUUUUCAGAUCGAGAAAAAUUAAGAAAUAUGAAGAGGAUUUUUUUUUGUUCAGGCCUUUCCUGAUUUAGUAAUUGGGUCUAUUGUAUUUCAUUGUAGCCUAUUUUUAUUACAAAGAAUAAUCGAGUUAAAAGUCCCCCCACAUUGCAAGAUAAUGUCCAUUGUUAAGAAAUUCACAGUCUCUUGAAAACAAAUUGUUAAAAAAUCCACUAUUAUAUAUUAAAAAUACAUUUCUAUGUAAUAUUAGAACAAAGACUUUCAAACACCUGAACGGUGUUCCUCAUCAGUGUAACGUAAUAUAUAAUUGUGGAUUUUUAACAACAUAAUGUCCAUUGUUAAUGAGAGUUUGUAGAGAACGUGACGACUGGAAUAUGCACACAAGAUUGAUAUUUUAUAAACUUUUGCCUUUACUGUAAGACACUGCGUAUGCCAAGCUGUACUGAAAUGAAUAAUAAACGCAAGGAUCCUGGUGCUAGCGGCAGUGGGCAAUAAUUGAGGCUUCGGAAUUCAGUAGAACAAGGUGGCAAGUAAGACAGGAUUUUUGAAGAAAUGUCUGUGGUCAAUCAAAAUCAUAACCUUUUAUUCUUUUUCUCUCAGUUUUACUCUCAUGGAUUUUUAUACAUUAAUAAUUUGCUUAUAAUGCUUUUUUUUUACAAUCUGUUCAUAUUUUCUACCAAAAUGAAUGUCUUAGUAACCUAAGUUUUUUGUAUCCUGUUCAUAAAAUGUGCAAUUUUUCAAUACAGUUGAAGUUUAAUUUUUCAGUUAUUUACUUUUGCUUUGUUGUCUCAAAUCAAUAAAGAUUCGUCUUUUU